CCGGAGUCAUAGGUAAAACGCGGAGAGGUUCGACACACACGUCUCUGCGAAGCGCUGAUGCUGUGGAAACCCACGGUGGGUUUGCAUUGAUUGGCCUCGAGGGGCGAGAGGGCGGUCCCUUCCUGGGGUCGUCAGCCCCGCCCCGCCCCCCCUGCAGGCGGUGCAGCGGGAGGGAGUCUGUGCAGAUGCACAGAUGGAGCUCAGGCAGCCUCUGCUGUGGGAUCUUUAAUGUGAAAGCUUCUCUGUGUGGGACGAAGCAAAGAGCGGCGUUGUCUGGCCGAGACAUGGCGGCGUUGAGGUGGAAGGUGCUGGCGUUCCUGGUCGUCGUCUCGCUGGCGUCCUGCGGCGCCGCGCCCACCGACAUCCUGUAUCGGGUUCCCGAGGAGCAGCCGCCCAACACGCAGAUCGGCAGUCUGGCGGCGGACCAGGGCCUCCCCGACACCGGCCACCUCUACAAGCUGGAGGUGGGCUCGCCUUACCUGAGGGUCGACGGCAAGACCGGCGAGAUCUACACCACCGAGAUCCCCAUCGACCGCGAGACGCUGAAGGACUGCCGCAACCUGUUUGAGGGCGAUAAAUGCUUUCUGGAGUUUGAGGUUUCCAUCACGGACAUGGUGAAGGGAAUCGGUUCGGGUCCGCGGCUGAUCGAAGGCCGCAUCGAGGUGCUGGACAUCAACGACAACACGCCGCAGUUCUCCUCGCCCAUCCUCACCCUCUCCAUCCCAGAGAACACCCACAUCGGCGCCCACUUCUCCGUCCCCAUGGCCACCGACAGGGACUCCAGCGCCAACGGCGUGGCCGAGUACUCUCUGAGCGCCGGGCCGGACGCCGACCAGCUCUUCAACCUGCAGGUCGCACUGGACUCGGACGAGAAGCUGCCUCAGCUGGUCGUCAUGGGCAACCUGGACCGUGAGAAGAAGGAUUCGUACGACCUGAACAUCCGCGUGGUGGACGGCGGGAGGCCGCCGAGGGCAAGCAGCGCCCUGCUGAGGGUCACCGUCACCGACCAGAACGACAACGCUCCAAAGUUCGAGAGGAAUCACUACGAGGCCGAACUGCCCGAGAACAGUCCGCUGGGACACUCAGUGCUGCAGGUCAGAGCCAAUGAUGCAGACACCGGCACCAAUGGAGAGAUCGACUACAGCCUUCAUCAGGCGUCGGAAACAGUCCAGAGACUUCUGCGGAUUGACCGUUCUACUGGCAUCAUUUACGUCAAAAACCUGAUUGACAGAGAAGAAGAGAACUUCCUCAAGUUCUUUGUGGUUGCCAGAGACCGUGGACCCAAUUCGAAGGGAUCGAAGGUCAUGGUUACGAUCAACAUCAAAGAUCAGAAUGAUAAUGCACCGGCCAUCGAGAUCCGUGGUAUUGGCUUGGUGACGCAUCAGAACGGUGUAGCCAACAUCUCGGAGGACAUGCCUAUUGGCACUGCAGUGGCGCUGGUUCAGGUUUCAGACCGUGACGAGGGGGAAAAUGCCGUAGUGACAUGCGUGGUUGCGGGUGACGUCCCAUUUCAGCUCCGACCUGCCAGUGAGUCGGCCAAUGACCGGAAGAGGAAAUACUUCCUGCAGACUACGACCCUGCUGGAUUACGAGCGCAUUAAGGAUUACAGGAUUGAAAUUGUCGCAGUGGAUUCUGGGAACCCAGCUUUGUCCAGCACCAACUCCCUUAAAGUUCAGGUCACAGACAUGAACGACAACACUCCCACCUUUUCCCCUGCGUUGCUGGAGGUGGACUUUCCAGAGGGCAACCAACCCGGUGACAAAGUGCUGGAUGUUGUGGCCACAGAUGCAGACCAUGGUACCAACGCAGAACUUGCCUACAGCAUCAUUGAGCUUUCAGCCACUCGUCUCUUCGAGAUUGAUGCGAACACAGGGGAGGUUCGUGUGAAGAACCUGCUGGACCGGGAAGAGACUGAGCAGUAUAGAUUUCGUGUGGCAGCAGCUGACAAGGGUGUUCCUAGUAAAACUGGCACCGCUACAGUGGUGAUAAACGUCCUCGACCGCAAUGACAAUGACCCUAAAUUCAUGCUGAAUGGCUACAGCUUCUCGGUCAAUGAAAACAUGCCUCCACUCAAUCCUGUCGGUGUUGUGACUGUCACUGAUGCUGACAAGGGUGAGAAUUCUGAAGUGACGAUGUUUGUGGAACCAGAUGAUGGCAAGUUUGUCAUUCAGAAUGGCACAGGAACAAUCUUGUCCAGCAUAUCCUUCGAUCGUGAGAAGGAAAGCACGUACACCUUCCGCCUGAAGGCUGUGGAUGGGGGUGAUCCGCCUCGAUCCUCCUACGUAGGUGUCACCAUCAAUGUCCUGGAUGAGAAUGACAAUGCUCCAUACAUCACCAAGCCAUCUAACUCCUCCUUCAAGCAUCUGUCACCUGGCACCAAACCAAACGCACCUGUGGAGGUGGUAGAAGCUGAAGACAUGGAUGCCGGACCCAAUGCUGAGCUGGACUACAGCAUCACAGGCGGCAACCCAUUUGGCCUCUUCCAGAUCUCACCUACAAGUGGGGAGAUCACGCUGGCUCAGGAGUUUGAUAGCAAGUACAAUGGGCUACAUCGUCUGGUGGUGAAGGUCAGCGAUAAAGGCAAGCCUCCUCGUCACACCACCGCCCUGGUCCAUGUCUUUGUCAAUGAGACCAAAUCUAAUGUCACCCUCAUUGAAGCACUCGUUGGACACAGCCUCUACACCCCUCUGGACAGGGAUAUUGCUGGAGAUCCCAAUUACGCUCAUGGUCAGCGCAGCAAUAUCCUAUAUGGCAGCCUCGCCGGUAUUGCGGGAGUGAUCCUGGUGAUUGUAGCUGUGGUUGUCAUCAGACACCGGCUGCAGAAGGAUACAAAGAGCGGCUAUCAGGCUGGAAAGAAGGAGAGUAAGGACCUGUAUGCGCCCAAGCAGGGCCCCAAAAACGGAAAAGGGAAAAAGAGCAAGAAGGGGAAAGCUCCAAAACCAGCAAAGCCACUGGAGGAGGACGAGGAGGCCAGUCUACAGAAGGGCCUCAAGUUCAACCUCAUCAAUGACAAUGUCAAUGACAGUCCCAGAAUCCACCUGCCCCUAAACUACCCACCAGGAAGCCCUGACCUGGGCCGCCACUACCGCUCCAACUCCCCGCUCCCUUCUAUCCAGCUUCAACCACAGUCACCCUCUGCCUCCAAGAAGCACCAGGCUGUUCAGGACCUCCCCGCAACCAACACCUUCGUAGGGACGGGUGACAACAACUCCACAGGCUCCGACCAAUAUUCGGAUUACAGCUACAAGGCCAACCCACCCAAAUACAGCAACAAACAGGUAGGAGACUACGCAAACACGGCAAUGUACCCCAGGAACAUCUAUUGGACCAACCGGGUGUGGUAGUCAAGUCGGGACAAAUUUGGCACAGCCGAUAUUCAUCCACCAAAGCUGCACUGAUCCUCACCCUUCACACCACCCACCCACCCACCCCGCACAGCACCCACUUCCGAAUGGCUGUGGUGGUUUCUUCAGUUUUAUUGUUUGGUUUUGUUCACCAUUUCUGUUCAGUUAUAUUUGUGUUCUGGGUUUUCGACGGCAAACAUGGACCACCUCAAAAAAAUGCACAAUAUGAAGGAUUCUGUGAGCGAUAGACCAAAUAUGGGUUUACCAAUAUCUACCAGGUGAUAUUUUGGUGACAGUAAACCUAACAAAAUGGACUGUAGAACAAUGUUUGACUUGAUAUUUGACAUGGGGAGUAUUUAAUGAAGAGUAUCUGUUAGAAGAGCACAUUGUG